UAACACUAUGAUCGCCGUAUUGUGUUAAUAAUUCACACAUGCACGAAAGAUUAUCACAAUACCAAAUUGUUCUUAUUGAAAUGAAAACAUCUUUGUAUCACUUAAGAACCGAUUUAAAAUUCUUAUGAAGGAAGUGAGAGAAAUCGUAUUUUUUGUGAGUUGGUAGCACACAUUUUCCAAAUAAGAGAGAGAGUAUAGCCAACUAACAAUACUAAUAAUUCAAUCACUACACCAGAGAUGAAAAUAGCAUCAUAAAAAUAUAUUUUAUGUAUAAAGUGUGACUUGGUUAGUAGACCGUCGGCUACAUAAUCCCGAAAAGAAAAACAUUUUUAGUAACGAUUUCAUUUCGAUACAAACCAGUUUAGACUAAUUGUCACUCAGAACAAAAUAUAUAUCCGAUUUGAGUACAACAUAAUACAGUGAGAAUUUUGUGUCGCGCGUUGCAUCAAAACACAACAUAAAUAAAUAGAGAAUUUAAAUUAAUGUAAACCAACCGUUUAAGAUGCGUCAACUGGGAAAUCUGACUUUUUUAGUGAUAUUUUCAAUUUUGUUUCUAAUUAAUGACUCAUCUGGCCUGAAAUGUUGGCGUUGUAGUUCUGAUGCUACGAACAUAGAAUUCUGUGGCGCUACCCUUGAUCUUAGCAAACUAACGGAUCAACAGAAGAAACGGUACUAUGUGGAUUGCGAUACAAAGCCACCGAAUACGGUUGCAAAUAUCGAGAAUGUCGAAACUUUGAUACCGAAGUGCAGAGUUUCGCUACAGCACGUUAACGGCAAAGAAACAUAUACUCGGUUAUGCUACUGGGAACAGGAGAAUGUCCCAUCAGAUUCAUGUAAAGUUCAGAAUUACAAUCCAUCAUACGUUAAAACGAUUGACUGCAAAACUUGUGUUGAGGAUGGGUGCAACGACAGAUUAAUUACUAAUUCUGAACAGAAAGACAAUAUAAGCGAGAAUAACAAUAAUGUUGUGCCAGAUUCUAAGAAUUCGGCUGUGUUAGCUGUCUUAUCGCACACUGUUCUUUUCGUAGUGCUAAUGUUAAGUAUAGUAAUUGGAUAUUGACCUUCAUAUGUAUUUAGUAUGAUGUGUCACAUACACACUAAUCGCCGUAGAGUUCUAAUUAAAAUAAUUGAAAUAUUUUUUUCAAAUGAUUGAAUGUCGUUCGAUUCAUUUUGUUGUUAGUAUUUAACAAAUCUACCAAAAAAGAGUUCAAAUUUUGCGUCUUUGUGUGCCUAUUAAAUAUCCUGACCAGCUACAUUGCUUAAGUAAUAAAUUAUUGUUUAAAAAAAA